CCGCGCCCCCGCCGCUGCCGCCGCCGCCUCCGCUUCCUCCGAGGGGGGCCCAGGCCCAGCCGCCGCCGCCGCCGCCGCCGUCGCCUCCGAGCUCCGCCGCCGCCGCCGAGCACCAUGGGAGACGCCGGGAGCGAGCGCAGCAAAGCGCCCAGCCUGCCGCCUCGCUGUCCCUGCGGCUUCUGGGGGUCCAGCAAGACUAUGAAUCUCUGUUCCAAAUGCUUUGCUGAUUUUCAAAAGAAACAACCAGAUGAUGAUUCCACCCCAAGUACAAGUAACAGCCAAUCAGAUUUGUUUUCUGAAGAGACCACCAGUGACAACAGCAAUACCUCCGUAACCACGCCAACUCUUAGUCCCAGCCAGCAGUCGCUCCCGACAGAACUGAAUGUAACUUCACCGAGUGAAGAGGAAUGUGGGCCAUGCACAGACACAGCUCAUGUCUCGUUAAUCACACCAACCAAAAGAUCCUGUGGUGCAGAUUCACAGUCCGAGAGCGAGGCUUCACCCGUGAAACGACCGCGACUCGUAGAGAACCCCGAGCGGCCUGAGGAGAGCGGCCGGUCGAAGCAGAAGAGCCGGCGCCGGUGCUUUCAGUGCCAGACGAAGCUGGAGCUGGUACAGCAGGAACUGGGCUCCUGUCGCUGUGGGUACGUGUUCUGCAUGUUACAUCGCCUCCCAGAGCAGCACGACUGUACGUUCGACCACAUGGGCCGUGGCCGCGAGGAAGCCAUCAUGAAAAUGGUGAAACUGGACCGGAAAGUGGGGCGCUCCUGCCAGCGCAUCGGGGAGGGGUGCUCCUGAAGGCCAGGCACGGCCACCACACGACGCUGUUCUUAGUUCACUAAUGUUAGCCUUAUUUAGGACAAAGUCAGCCAGACACCUUGUACUGGGCACGCGUCAGACUACAGCCGGCCGUCUUCUUUCUUUAGCCAGCCAUCCUGGUACUGUAGUUUAGGGGUUGAUGGUGGAUGAAAUUGAUGUCUGGCUGGUUACUAAGGUGCCUGCUAGCCAUUGUAUAAAAUUAAAACAUGAAGACUAUUUGUUUUGAGCAUGGCUAGUGGAUUCACAACAACACAUGCCUGUCACUGCUGGAGUCGCACUUACAAAGCCUUAAGCGGAAAGUGUCCAGAGCAGACCGAGGCAGCAGGGCAGGUGCAGGCCGCGCCGCCCACGCGGGCGGCUUUGACAGAAACUCUUCCAUGUUCGGCCUUUCACCUCUUCACUUUCGCUUGGUCCCAGCAGGACCUGAUGGCCACGCGUGCCUUGGCCACAGGAAGCUGCUGAGACCGACCACGUGGCCGGGCUGGGCUGGGCCCUCACUCUCCCUCAGCGCUGGAAGUCAGGGUGGGGACAGAUUCUAUGGAGGAAGCUUUUUGAACCUGUUGUUACGGGGAAACUCAUCACACAAGGAGAGAGACAACUCCACUUUGAAAAUUAGCUCCCCUCAAGCCUAGUCCAUGCACGGUCCCCACCUUUUCUGCACAGGAUCCGUGGUUGUGACCCGGCUGUGGCUGUCGCUUGCCGAGAGCAUUGGUGUUGCUCCUGGCAGGCCUGUGGCUGAGGCCCUCACCUGGGCCUUGGAGUUUGAAAAGAUGUCCAUGGCCACGAGAGUCAGUGAGCGCACAGGGGAUCUGCUGCUGUCCUUCCUGGCAGGAGUCUCCUCUUGUUUCUAUGCAGCCAUAGUUUGAGGACAACCAGGCCAACAACCUCAGGACAAGUUCAGGAAGGAAAGACAGUGGACUGCAUGGGACCCUGGUGUGGCUCUAGAACGUUGAGUGGUGGCUGUGGGUGGGAGGCAGCUCUCAGCUUGGGCCUGAACGGGGCUGGUUAGAAACCACUCAGGGGGGCGGGGCGGGGCGAUUCUGGGAGUCCCUGGAAAGCCUGGGUCAGGUUUAAGUGCCACACCGUGCGUGCAUCUGUCCCAGAUCGCGGCUUGGCCGGAGCUGUCCACGUCUGACUGCUGAGUGGUUUAGCCGUGACUUUCCUUUGUGUAGGUGAGCAAGGUCUGCUUCCCAGAUGAACAGAUCUGCAAGUAUAAUGUUGUGAUCCAAGAUAGCGAAUAGGAAAUCAUGUUCUUCCCACCCUGCACCCAGUCUGCACCCCAGCAGAGGGGACCCAGUGCAGAAGCUCCAGCCUUAAUUCUUGCUUCAGGACCCAGACCAGCCCCUCACUCGAGGGCAGCCCAGGGUACGGUGCAGGUCUGCCUAGCGUUUACCACUGCUGUUAAGCCACAGCCCUCUGGCCCCACAUGGCCGUCCUCGGUGAGGCGCCGUGUACCCUUCUUAGGCCCUCAGGUCCCCAGAGCACUAGGAGGGGGUGCUGGGGACCAUGUGCCCAGGGACCGCAGCCAGGUUCACGCCUGCUGGGAGAGCUGGGCAGGGGAGGAAGGGCUUGUUCCCUACAGUAUCUGUUCUGUGAAGUUUGUUAAAUGUAAGGGAAGCUGAAAUUCUUGUAUCUUAAAGAGGAAAUCUUAUUUAACCCUUUGUGUCCUAGAUUGACUUACACACAUAGCCUAGAGCUCAGUUUUAGUUUAACAUUGUGGAAAUAUUAAAAGAAUCUUGUAACUUUAUUCUUUUUUUUUCUCCUGCUGAAACAAAUUAAACCAAUCGUAUGGACA